AUGGACGCAACUACUCAGACCUCGCUCACCCGGCUGCUCGGCAAGCUUGACCAGACUAUCCUGGAUCCGAAUAAUACUGACGAUCGAUUGCGCCGCUCACAGUUCGAGCGCAACCGGGUCAGCGCAAAUGUCGAGCAUGCCCGGACUCUACUCUUGACCCUGGAGAAGCAGUCUGCCACUGUACGUGUGCAAUCACAGCGGCAGAGUAUACAAGCGGACUUGCAGAGCAAACGAGAAGGGAUCAAAAAGCUACAAGCAAGACUACAGGAACUGGACCAAGGUGCUGAAGAUGAGGAGGACGAUGACGAUGAAAGUGACGAGGACGAAGCGAUCACGACGGUGACAGACUAUGGACCUGCUCGUAAAGAUACCGAGGCUGGUCUUGAUGUGUCCGAGACGCCUUCGAGCGGGAUAGAUCCUGCUUCAUUCCAGAACAUGCGAAAUCGAAAGCCAUUACAAGCCUCCGACAACCGCGCCGCAGCUUCAACAACAGCAAGAGAACAACUCUUCUCCGGCCGACCGAAAGACCAGCUGCCCUCUGAUGAGACCUCAAGAACGGAAACAUUGAUGACGCACAACCGUACCGAGCAAGAAAACCUGACCACCGGGCUAAUCGGUCUCGCGCGAGCAUUAAAGGAGAGUUCCGUUCAAUUCUCCGGCUCCCUGGCAGCGGAGAAAGAAAUCCUUAACCGAGCUGAGGGCGGUCUCGAUUCGAGUGCCAAGGGCAUGGAGGCUGCGGAGUGGAGAAUGGGGAUGUUGAGGCGUAUGACUGAAGGGAAGGGGUGGUUUGCGCGGCUUAAGUUAUAUGGACUGAUUGCUGGACUGUGGGUGGCUGCGUUCUUGCUUGUCUUCAUCGGGCCGAAGCUGAGGUUUUGA